AUUGCAUACUUGUGUUGGCAGCUAGGUCAAGAUCCUAUUUCGUAAUUAAUUCUUUGCUAAUUUCGAAAUAACGUCGUCGAAGUUGAUCAUGUGCUGUUUGUGACGUCACGGGAAUACAUCGUCUUUCUUAAAAACUAUAUUAUAUAACAAAUAAGCUAGAUAAUUAAACAAGCCCGAUUCGGAAUUAUUUGUUUCUACCCGUGACGUUAUUUUACAAAAGACAAAUCCGUUACUGGAAUAAUUUUGACGCAAAACAUGGACGGAAACAGAGUUAAACAUUCAGACACUAGUCAAGGAAAUGACAGUGGGAUAGGGUGCUGUGGAUGCAUUUUAAUGGGACUAUCAUAUGUUCUAGUUGCUUUAUUUUUCCCAUUUUCACUCUGCAUGACGAUAAAGAUCGUGCAAGAAUACGAGAGAGCUGUCAUUUUUCGACUUGGACGCGUACUUCCUGGAGGAGCCAAAGGUCCAGGAAUGUUCUUUAUAUUACCAUGUCUUGAUGAGUUCAAAAAGGUCGAUCUUCGAACCGUGUCCUAUGAUGUUCCGCCUCAGGAGAUUUUGACGAAAGAUUCCGUUACAGUAGCCGUAGACGCUGUAAUCUACAGCCGCAUUUUCGACCCUACAAUGUCUGUGUGUAACGUAGAAAACGCCGACAGUUCUACAAGGUUGUUGGCAGCUACCACUCUCAGAAAUGUUCUCGGAACUAAAAACAUGUCUGAAAUUCUAACUGACCGAGAUUCUAUUGCUGCUCAAAUGCAGCACAUUUUGGAUGAAUCGACAGAUCCCUGGGGAAUCAAGGUAGAAAGAGUCGAAAUUAAAGAUGUGAGACUUCCAGUACAACUCCAGAGAGCAAUGGCCGCCGAGGCAGAAGCUUCAAGGGAAGCACGUGCUAAGGUUCUUGCAGCCGAGGGUGAACAACGUGCCUCACGUGCGCUAAAGGAAGCAGCCGACAUCAUGGCACAAUCACCAGCCGCCAUUCAGCUCCGUUAUUUGCAGACGUUGAACAGCAUAGCAGCAGAGAGGAAUUCAACCAUUGUUUUCCCAUUGCCAAUGGAUUUAUUGAAAGGAUUUGCAAAAUGAUAAAAGGUCGAAUAUUCCGGAAUGCGACUUAUAUGCUUGUAGUUUUAAAGCUAACCAAUCACUUUUAUUAACCAUAUACUUACUAGUUUCUUAAAAUCUCGCUUGGUUUUUUUUUGUAUUCAGAUGUUACCAAAUGCAUACAUGUUUUUUCUUAUUUGAAAUUUUAAUGUAUACUUUUUGAGAAAAACAUAAUUUUUGAUAUAUAGUCCAGUCAAUCUAGCAUAAUUUAGACCCUAACCCGAAAGUAUUUGCAACAGAAGAAAUUUAAAGUUUAAUCUUCAGCAUUAUACCUCAAAUAUACACAGAAAAAAGUCCCAUAUAAAAACUUAACUUGAGGAAGACUAUAAAAAAUCCCCAUUUAAAACUAUGGAGAUUUGAAUUGAAAAGGGAGAUGAAAGGCAGAAAUAUCAAUUAAAAUUGAUACAAUAUUAUUAAUUUACCACUUCUAUUCAUCAGAAUGUAAUGAUUCCUGAUUUUUUUAGCGGUCUUUAGGGUGUGAAAAACAACUCUAAAGGUGUUUUCAUAUCUGUAAUCUAGAUUUCGAAAAAUUCAUUAGUUGACCACUUAUUCAAUUUUUCAUUAUGUCAAGGUAAAGAAUCUCUCAAAUUUAAUAAAAAUAAUUCAGCAUGUAUUCUUCUUUUUGUGGUUUAAAGUUUCUUUAGAUUAGUAAGUUGCUGAAAAAAUUUAAUAUACAGAUAUAAACAAUACCAAAUUUUCAUAUUAUUUUUUUCAAAAUGAUCACAAAUCUUCAUAUUUGCGAUUUCUUUAAUGAAAAAUGCAUGAAAAAAAUAAAGCUACCCAUAACACUUCGGUUUUGUACAUUUCAUGAGCAGAAGAUUGUAUGAUUUAGUCCAAAUUAUUACCCCAUCAAAGUAUCAUACUUUACAUAAAUUUCAAGAAAAACAACCAAAACUGACCAAAAAAAGACUCAUUUUUGCAAGAGUUAUCUCCCCUUCCAAUGUUAAUUCUGAUAGGAAAUUAAAAAUGCUGAUUUGCAGUUUUCCUCAAGUUAGAUUUUACGGGACUUUUUUCGGUGUAUAUAGAGGGCAAAAUGCCAUAGAUUAGAAUUUAAACAUUUUCUGUUGGAAUUAGUUUGAGGCUAAAUCUUAGUUUGACUGGACUAAUACUACGAUUUUAUGUUUUGGUUAAUGUUAACUGGUUUCUUGCAUAAACUUGGCUUUUGAUAGGUUUUGAAGACUACAUGCCUUAGUAUAUAAAUCAUUUAUGAUUUUAUCAGUUUGAAAUCCAUUAAGGAACAGGCCAAUUGUUGAUGAGAGUUUUCAUGUGUAGUUCUGUGUUUUUUUUUCCAGAUUUCCUUCAUUGUUUUUUUUUUUAUUAUUUGUAUUUAAAGUCGAAAGCAAUCUUUGAUGCAAUUUUAAAAUGAUUUUGAUGUGCCACUAGUUAGUUCUUGAAAAUCUUUGCUAGUACGUAUACUACCUGUUAAAUCUUGUGACUAAUACUAUGUAUUAUAUAUAUGUCAAAAAAGUAGUUUCUUUGAACAAGUGUGUUGUCUCUAUUUUUCAGUGGCGGAUCCAGAUAUUUUUCAAAAGAGGACUCACUGACUGUCUAAAAAGAGGCCCACUCUAGUCAUAUUUCAGAGGUCCCCUUAUAUAAUUAAUCAAAACUACCCACAACAUGAGUUGCACCCUGGGACCCCUCUCAAUCCUCCUGUGGUUUUUAUCUAGGACAAUAUCAAUCGAAUAAAUUUAAGGUCUAGUAUACUCGAUUUGUUAUCGUUUAUAAUUCAGUUUUACUAUAGUUGAUGCAUAUUUGUUUAAGAACAAUAUUCUUUCUUCUCAUAUUUGCUUAUCUAACACGAACUUGUCUUUUAAAAAGACAAUGAAAACGAAAGAAAUAUGGUAAUUAAAAAGUCUUAUCUACUCAUAUCGUUUAAAUUAAAAAAAAAAAAACGAUAAUCGAUCAUAAAGAGAUAAUUGUUAAAACUUUUAUUCUUUUUAUCGUCUGGCAGAAGAAAGAUUAUUUGUGCUGCAGAGUUGGAUUUGCCUGUAUGUUUACCCAUGGGUAGACCCGGUGUUAGCUUUGCGUA